AUGGAGGCCAAAACGACCAGUGAGUAUUCGCUGGCAAACGCAAUCUCUGUCCGCGACGCAGGAUUGGCGCUAGUCUGCCUAGCUGGACACAGAGUCUCGCUCCUCAUUGCGCGCACCGCCAUGAAGCGAUUAAUGCCAACAACAUACGGCCAGCUGAGGCAAGAUCAAGGUAGCCGAUUUCAAGCCUACUUUGUCUUCAUUGUUGGCAUUGUGUGGACCACGAUGAGCGCUCCAAUCUGCCUUGGAGCCUUCGUGUUCACCCCGGCAGACACAGACCAGACAGGAGGUCACUCCCAAAUGUCCGCAAUGGAGAAGAUUUGCCUGAGCUCGCGUGGUGCGCUAUGGAUAUCAGAGCUGCCACGUUUGAGCUACUCAUCUGAGUACCUUGUUCACCAUAUCUUGUCGCUUAGCUCUCUUGCCAUCAUUCUCUUCAACAACCUUCCCCGCCGACCACUGUAUUUGAUCUACGCCGGUCUAAUCACAGAGCUCUUGUCGGAUACAGUUGCGUUGCUCAGGUUCAGAGGGAAAAAUCAUAAAAACUCGAGACUGUACGCACAACUUACGGUCAUUAACGCAUUAUCUCUCCUGAUUCUGCGGGCACUGCCCGCGAUAACGGUUACUCUAUCCGUGCUGAUGCCAGUGAAAAGAAUCAGUGAGCUGAACUACAUUGCCAGUGUCGUUUUCUACUGCGUCUGGUUGAUACGGCUAGCGUUUAAACAACUCUCUACGCAAGGAGUUGUACAGCUUGUCUUGGUCAGGCCCGGUUAUAUUCGCAUUGGUCAGAGAACACGGAUAACCCUAUACCGCCUGAUGCUCAGCGUCGCCAUAGUGGCGGCUCAGGUGGUUACGGCGGCUGUGUAUUGCGCACCGCGCGAUAUGCUACUAUCGGGCAUAGAGACUCAUGAUUUAAUUAUAGCUGGACUUGGAACCGUCAUAGCCGGAUUAUUUGGGGCUAAAGCCAUUAAUACUUUGAUGAUGGCAAUCGAUGGCUCUCCAUCGACAGCGCUGCAUUCUCAUCCUCUCGCUCAAAGGACGUCUCCAAACUCAGAUUCUGUUUGUACUUCACUUGUUAGGACCUUUGACCCUGAUAGCUGCACUGUUAGUUUCUGCAAAAUGUUUGGCGUGCCAUUCCUAGAUACUCUAUCUUUGAACGGCAUAUCUAUUCAAGGAAGCAUACUGUUCUCAGCUUUGUGGGUAUCACAGAUCCAUCAUAUUGCACCAACCGUUGCUCGAGACGUGUUGCUUGCUUCUAUGGCCCUGGCGCUGUUGCUUGGUGAAGCCAUUGGCCGUAUCGGGUGCUAUUUUGGCGGCUGUUGCGGUACCAGACCCGACAAGAAUCGUGUGGAUAAGAUUCCCUCUGUGCAAAUCUUAACGUCGGUGCUUAAUAUGAUCGCGUUCUUUGGACUGGUAACCGCUCUCGACUGCGGGCUCAUGAGCUUGCCGGAGAUGGGAUGUACUGCAAUGGCUGUGAAUGCAGCUAUUCGGCUUGUGGUCGACCGCCUGAGAAACGAUGCCAUGGAUAAAUCUUUAGGCUCUACAACAAUUUUUGCUGGAUGCCAGCUGUUCCUGUCUAGUUGGGCAUACUCUUCAGUCAGACUAAGCUAUGAUCGGGAAGUGUCUUUCGCCAUUAAGGCUACAGCAUAUAUGAUGGGUACGAGCCUAAUCUUCGCUGUCUCUGGUCGAGCCCUCUGGCUUACGCUGGCUCAAUCGCCGAUCCGGACAAAAAUAUCAUUGCUCCUAAAGCCUAUUGUGCUUGUGUAUUCUUUUAGCCUCGCCAUAGUACUGCUUUCCAUAGCUGAUGCCAAGGAUCAAAGCACGGCUGAGGGAUCUAUGCUGGUGAACGAUACACAGUGGGGAGUUCUAUCCUACCCAAGGCUUUUAUUAUCUGUACUACUUACUGGUAUAGUACCAGUGCUAGUCAGCUAG